AUGGGGAGCAUCAGCACCAGUUCCACCUCCGGCCAGACCGCGCCCAUCCAGAUGACGGGCAAAUCGAAUGCCGCUACGCCAAAGCUGAAUAAUGAAGUCGAGAUGGGUAGUCUACCAGGAGAUACGCAGGCCCAGGAGGAGGAUAUCAUGCAGAUCGCUAGGAUAGGAGACGUACCGGCCAUGGAGAAGCUUUUCGAGUCGGGCGAGUACGAUGCGACCUACCAUGACGAUGAGGGUAUCACGCCCUUACAUUGGGCUGCGAUUAACAAUCAAUAUGCGAUGUGCAAAUUCUUGAUCGAACACGGCGCCGAAAUUAACAGAAAGGGCGGAGAGUCGGUAGCAACAGCGCUCCAAUGGGCUGCCCAGCGAUGCCAUUACUACACCGUUAAUCUGCUCCUCCAGCACGGCGCCGACCCUCUCAUCACCGACGCUCAAGGUUACAACACGCUUCACAUCUCGACGUUCAACGGCAACGUCCUUCUGAUUGUCCUCCUGCUUCACCAGGGAAUCCCCGUCGACGUUACCGACACGUUCGGCCACACUGCGCUCAUGUGGGCUGCGUACAAGGGCUUCCCUCAGUGCGUUGAUCUGUUUCUUCGCUGGGGCGCAAGCGUUCAUGCGACAGACGAGCAAGGCUUCACCGCGCUGCAUUGGGCGCUCGUCAAGGGAAGCCCGGGAUGUAUCCUCAAACUCAUCGAGUACGGCGCCGAUCGAUUCGCAAAGACACAGACGGGUAAGACUCCUGCUGUGACGGCCAGCGAGCUUAAUACGGAGGGCGCCUGGCACAGAGCGCUUCGAGAAUGCGGUUUCAACGAGGACGGCCAUCCUGCAGUUCCGCCCUGGCCUGGUGCUAGCUAUUUCUUGAAGGACAAGAGAGCCUUCGUCACGAGGUUCUUGUUCAUCUGGCCAUUCGUUCUUGUUUGGGCCAUGCUUAUGGCCGUUUCGAGUGCGCCUAUCUACAUUGGCGUUCCUGUUGGAUUCGCUGUGGUUUACGGUGUUCAGUGGGUUGCUCAGCAAGUACUGGAAUAUGCGCCUCCCGAUAUGCGGCACUUUCACAAGACUCCCUGGCUCACCGGUAUCUUUGCGGCCACGCUCUUCUUAACAGCUGUGAAUUGGUUGACUACCGUCCUUUUUGCCACAACACUUGGCGCCAGUGAGGGUCACGGCCAUACCUUUCUCAACCUCUUCUUCGGCAUCUCCUUGGGCUUGACCGCGUACUUUUACGUUGCCAGCAUGAGAUACGACCCGGGUUUUGUGCCAAAGAUGAACGGAAUUGCGGAGCAGAAAGCUGUCAUCGACGGACUAUUGUCACAGUGGAAAUACGACGAGACCAACUUUUGUGUUACCUGCAUGAUUCAGACGCCUCUUCGAAGCAAGCACUGCCGCCGAUGCCAACGAUGUGUUGCCAAGCAUGAUCACCAUUGUCCUUGGGUUUACAACUGUGUCGGCAUUAACAACCACCGACACUUCUUCUUCUACCUCAUCUCGCUGACCUUCGGUAUCAUCUCAUACGACUUUUUACUGUAUUACUACUUCGAAACCAUCAGCAGCAACGCUUCGGAUACCUGCAACGUUCUUAGCCCGAACCUCUGCAAGUUCAUCAAUGCUGACUCGUACACUGCAAUCUUGGCCGUCUGGAUCACGCUUCAACUCCUCUGGGUCACCAUGCUUUUGUUUACCCAGUUCAUUCAGGUAGCUCGAGCUAUGACUACGUAUGAGAACAUGUUUGGUGUUAGGGACGGAACUGCGAUUACCGCUCUCACAUCUACUGGCGCCCCUCUCGACCCCAAUCACCCAUCUCUAUCCGCAACAGCAACCCCUGGUGGCCACCACCACAAGCACAAGGGCGGCAUGCUCAAGUCUUUGAGUCGCACCCUCGGCGUCGACCCCUUUAUCGAGACCAUUACCGGCAGAGGUGCCGUUUCCACCAAGAACAAGCGCAAGAAGAAGAACCCCUACAGCCGAGGCUGCAUUGCCAACUGCAAGGACUUUUGGUGCGAUCCUGCGCCUAUCUUCGGCCAAAGAGAGAACGGAGCUGCUGUGCUUGGGGGCGAGAGAGUUGACUACACAGCCAUGUACGAGAGUCCUGGUCUGAUGCAGUUGACGGGUCGUAGGGAACGUGGUGGUUACGAGGCGGUUGGAACGGAAGAGGUUUAG